AGAAGUUAAAAACAAUAGAAAAUGUUACUUGCUUGGACUGCUUUUGGUGUCGGUGUAAGAGCCUUACAAAUGGGUAUCAGACAAGCCCCAUUAUUACAUGCUCCUAUGGGUUUUGUCUACUCAGCAGCAUUCACGACCACCGUCGGAUACUAUUUUGAGUCUUGGGUUGAAAAGAACGAUGAACUCCUAGAACUAAGAUUGGCUAAGCUCAAGAAGCUCAGAGAAGCCAGUGCUUAAACCCACCAUACCAUACAUCUCAACAACACAACUGUCAUCUUACAUAAAACAGGCUCACAACAUUCCUUCAGUUAGUUGUGUGACGCAAUAUUUCCGAUAAUGGGUUCUUUUGCACACUAAUGGAAAAAGCGGUUCAGCUCGAUACGUUC